AUGACGAGUGACAUCCAUCGACUACCUGACGAUUUGAUGAUCGACAUCCUGUCACGGCUUCCUGCGGAAUCAGUGAUUCGGGUAAGUUUCGUAUGCAAAACUUGGCAGUCUAUGGUCAAAGCCCCUAGUUUUGUUGCUCGGCACUACAACCACCCCAACAACAGUGCCCGUCUCUUUGUUAGGCAUCUUGACGGCCAUGGCGGGCUGCGUUAUUUUUCACUGUAUGACGAUGAAACACUGGCUGGUUCUCCCCCAGUCUAUCGCGAUUUGGUGGCGGAUAUGACCCACCGUCUAGAUAUCAGUCUCUAUGACGGCAUCUUUUGUAUGUUAAAUCGUCACUUUGCUCUGUGGAAUCCGGCAACCAAAGAAUUUAGGUCCCUCCCUGUAUUCCCAGAAACGCAGCUGGACGGUUUGGAUACUUUUGGAUUUGGGUUGGAUCCCAUUACUGCUGAUUACAAGGUGAUUUGGAUUUGGGUCAAUGGGGAGGAGUUUGGGGAGAAAAAGUGGAUGGGUGCUACGACCGCUGUGUAUUCCCUAUCAUCUGAUUCCUGGCGAUACGUGGAUGUUGGUCUUCCAUGUCCUGAUAUUUAUACCCCUAUGUCUAACACUUGCAUUGAUGGUGUUUAUCACUGGUUUGCAAUGGAGAAUGGCCAUCCUUUGAUCCUUUCAUUCGACCUGACGACCGAGUCCUUUGCCAAGCUACCUGGUGGUCUUCCACGUCCACAAUAUGGAGUUCUUACCACCUACGACAACUCUCUUGCUCUGUGUUACUAUGAUCUUAUGGAUUGUUAUACAACUUCUGUUGACGUAUGGGUGAUGAGGGGAGAUGAGGGUUGGACUCAACAUGCAAGAGUUGAUAUCCCCCACACUACAGUGCUGGGGAUUUGGAAGAAGGGUCUGCUUUUCAUUAAAGCUGAUGGUGAUGGUACUUUGGGUUUGUAUGAUCCAGAGACUGAACAGGUCAAGGAUCUUGGAUCCCGGAUAGAACCCUACCCCUUGCUCUACAGGGAGAGCCUAGUUGCCAUAAGACGCCUAAAUGGGAUCAAUGAGCCAGAUCAGUUGUCUGAUGUAGCUCAAGUUAUAGACUUUUCUAGGUGA